UCUAGAAAGAGGAUGAAGAACUUUUGAAGGGGUUUAUGGUAUAGAGAUAACUAAAAAGAAAAGGGGUUUCGCUCAAUCCUGGGCCAAUGGUUGGCAUUAGGGUCGCCAUGCCCCCAUUUGGUGAAUCAGAAAAUGAGGAAAGAAGAGGAGAAGUUUUGUAGAGCUGAGUAGAAAUAGAAAAGUGAAAGGAUGGAGAAGUUGAAAUGUUUAGUUCCGGAGAGUAUAAAGCGGAUGGUGGGAGAAAGCAGUCAUGAAGAUCUUGCGUCCACGUCUUCUACUCUACUUCACUGUCUCCUUAACUUGCCCCAGUUUCAACAAAUGAUUGAUGAUUUGGCGGAUUCAAAUAAUAGUCUCUGUGGAAAGAACAAGAAAGUCGCUUUGGAAUUGAAGCAAAAAGGAAAUGAAUCUUAUUUAACAGCAGAGUACGCCUCUGCUUUGGAAUCCUAUUCCCAGGCACUCCGUGUUGCUCCAAUGGAUGCUGUUGAUAUGGACAAAAAUCUGGUUGCCACCUUAUUUCUCAACCGAGCUUCUUUAUUUCAUAAAAUAGGUUUUCUUACCGAGUCUCUACGGGAUUGCAAGCGCGCCAUUCAAAUUUCCCCAACAUAUGCGAAGGCAUGGUAUAGGAGGGGCAAAGCCAAUGUUGAUUUAGGAAAUUUUAAAGAUGCUGUCAAUGACUUCAACAAUGCUAAAAGUUUGGAGUUGUCAUUGGAUGGAAAGAGGCACAUAGAAACUGAAUUAAACAUAAUCCUAGAAAGACAGAAAAGCACAAGCAAGAUGGCAGUUCAGGAGAAUGAUAACUGCUUUGGACAUUUUGAUGAACCACACCAAUUAAAACUCUCACAAGUUUCAACACCAGAUAAGGGAAGGGGCAUGGCUUCACAAUGUGACAUUGCCCAAGCAUCCUUGGUUCACAAGGAAGAACCUUAUGCAUUGAUCAUAUUGAAGAGUUGCCGGGAAACACACUGUCAUUACUGCUUGAAUCAACUACGAGCAGAUACAGUCCCCUGUACGUCAUGUACAAUACCACUUUACUGCUCCGAACAUUGCCAGGUACAAGCUGGAGGAGAACCAUUCAGUAAUUUUCAGGACAAAAUUGGAACAAAUGAAAGUCACUCCCAUAGCCAUGGAGAGUAUAAGUUCGCUGUAUGCAGUGAUUCCAAUCCAAUUGAGUGCUUUCCUGAACACAAACAUGAAUGUCUAGGUGUAAACUGGCCUGCCAUAUUGCCAUCUGAUAUAGUUCUGGCUGGUCGAAUUCUAGUGAAAUCUACCUCGCAAAGAUGUUCUACCAAGUCUAAUGCUCUUUGUGAUCUGGGUCUCUCUCACAGCUAUACACAAAUUACUCCAGAAAGCAAAUUGGAGCUACAUGUAUACGCAAUUGUUUUGUUAUGCUGUCUGCAGCAUUCUUUCGGCUUUGAACUUCCAAUUAAUGGAGUCUCUUUAUCACAGACUAUCAUCCUUAUAUCUCAAAUCAGGGUGAACGCUAUGGCAAUUGUCCGAAUGAAAUCUGUUGAUGACCCACCAGAUCAGUUCAGAAAGCUUACCUCUGUUGGAGAUGCUUUAACUAGUAGUUUGGAACAGGUUCCAGUGGGUCAAGCUAUAUAUAAAGCUGCCAGUUUGUUCAACCAUUCUUGCUUGCCAAACAUUCAUGCAUAUUUUCUUUCACGUACUCUGUUUAUACGAACAACAGAGAAUGUGUCAACAGGUUGUCCCCUGGAGUUGUCCUAUGGUCCUCAGGUUGGGCAAUCAGACUGUGAAGACCGCCUUAGGUAUCUGGCAGAUAAGUACUCAUUUCGAUGCCAGUGCCGUGGUUGUUCACAAUUAAACCUAUCUGACCUCGUUCUUAAUGCCUUUUGCUGUGUUAAUCAUAACUGUGCCGGUGUAGUCCUGGAGAGCACCAUCAUAAACGGAGAAACACACAAACUUAAUAACUUUCCUAGAGCUCCUGAAAAACAGAAAUUUGAUUCUCACUUGCAGGGUCAAAAGCUCAAUAUUGUAGAUUUAAACGAUGUGGCAGGCCUUGCUCUCAAGUUUAACAAUAGCUCCCUUCAUAUUCAUCCCGGAUUUUGUUUGCAUUGUGGCUCGCAUCGUGAUCUGGAUGCUUCGCAUGAAGCCAUCAACAAAGCUUGGAGUUAUAUCAAGAGGUUGCAGGAAGCAAUCAUUUCAAAAGAUAUCACAGGAACCACCCUUUUAGAUGCUUCAAGGGCCCUUGGUAUUUUGAGAUCAACCUUGCAUGCAUAUAACAAGAGUGUUGCAGAGGCUGAGGACAAUCUUGCACAAGCAUUUUGUUUGGUUAGAGACUUCCAAUCUGCUAGGGAACACUGUAAAGAAUCAAUCAAGAUACUCCAAACACUGUAUGGUCCUGAUCACAUUGUCAUUGGAUAUGAACUGGUCAAGCUUGCAAGCAUUCAGCUAUCCUUGGAUGACCCUGCAGCUGUGGACAGCACAAACCAUCUGGGCUUGAUAUUUGCGCGGUACUUUGGACCGCAUGUAGACUUUAUUGUCCCAUAUCAGCAGUUCCUGAAAAGAGUAGGUCACCGGUAGAUGUUAAUUACUGUGUACCUAGUUUAGUUUUUUACCUGCUAUAUCUAAAUUCCAUGCAACUGUGAACCUACUGCUGCUUGCUUUGCCAUAAAAAAACCUUUUUUUUU